AUGGAUUACUGGGGGCGCACCUUCCAGCCAUUUCCGCGGCUGCCGGCUGAGCUUCGUCUACAAGUUUGGGAGCAGUCGCCGGACAAUUGGCGCGAAGUUGAUGUCCGCGUCAAAUCUGGACAGGGACCAGAAGGCCGGUUUUCUGUCCACCUUUUCUCGCAAACUACAACUCCUGAGAUCCUCCACACCUGCAGAGAGGCUCGUUACUCGGGGGCCUACCAGCAAGCCUUCUCGGAAAUUCCUUUCCGGAUAGGGGCAAACGAGCGAAGCUAUGUUUGGAUCAACUGGGACUGUGAUAACAUCCAGAUUGGGAAAACGCCUUUGUACCAUUAUAGGUAUGAGGCUAUUCAGACAUCCAUCCAAUACCUACACUUCGUGAGAGACAAACUGCAUGACUGGGAGGUUGAAGAUCUCAAACGUUGUGUAAACCUCAAGCUGAUUACCAUAAUCUGUAAAUCUGGGGCGACCAGUUGGCAUCGAGCCUUCCGAGGUUGCCUGAUUGACUGCGAGAUUGAACUCACGGUUUGGGAUGAUCCAGAUGGCUAUCAGAACAUGUACGGCGACUACGAUGAUCUGAUUGACAAAGCCCUUGACGACCCGCAUCAGGAAUGGUCUAUCGAAAUCACUCCGCGAUUUUUCCGUGGCUCCUGA